CCAUUUUUCUUGCAAGGUGUGGGCGGUUUAUUGAAAUUGCCGACCUAAGAAGUCAUAAGCACUGGCCACAUAUGCCCGCCCGCUAUCAACACCCGUCGCUUUAUAGGCCUCUGCUUUGCGGCGUAAAGUUCCCGCUCUGUGUCUAUGUUUGUUUUCAGCACGAACGGAUGAACUUCGGGCAGAGCUGUGUUAAUGGCGGGGAAGAUAAUGAUGAACAAUAUUUGUAAUUGUUAAGAAGAUCAGAUCUGGAGAAAGGUUGUUUUGGUUGUGCGGGAAAUAUGUUGCAGGGCGCUGCUUACCAUCCGGGGCCGUUGUAUGGGAACAGCCAUUAUAAGAAAUUCUGGCUGAAGAAGAUGCAGACAGAGGAGUCGGUGAGGGAGCCGGACGCGUUUAGAGCGCCGCCGCCUGAAAGUUUCGGCGGUGUGAUUUUUCGAAAAUGUUUGAAUGAUGUGAAUUGUUCGCGCCUGGAGAUUAAAGGCGGCAGCAGGGCUAGUUUUGGGGUUCCUGCUCGUAGAUCUGAGAGCAGUCAAAUUUUAAUGCAGAGUUUUGAAGAUGAAAGGCAUAGCCAAGGCGAGAAACAGAUUUUUGAUUGUGCUUUGUCAAUCGGUGUGCCUGCUCUCCGCGAAAGAGAGGAAGAUAAUUUUGCUCCUGCUGUUGAGAAUAGCGGCACUGGAAUGCAUAAGUUUAAGCUGCAUCAACAAAGGCUUUUACGGGCCGACAGCGAUUUACAGACCGCAGGAAACAUUUCGGAGAAGACGACAGAGGCUGAAUUUUCAGAUGGAAGCGUGACGAGAACAUGCUCCGAUUGCAAGACUGAUAAAACACCGCUGUGGAGAAACGGCCCCAACGGACCAAAGUCUCUGUGCAAUGCUUGCGGCAUCCGCUACAAGAAGAUCACGAAACAGCGUAGCGCGAGCAACGGCGAUGGCGGCAUGAGAAAAAAUCCGGCCAAACUUCCAUCCUCCGUCCGGCAGAUGACGAAAUUCAUCAAGCGCAAGCGAGACAACACCCCGGAGCUCGGAUCGCAAGAUCCCGCCGCCCCUCGGAAAAAGAGCGCCGCCGACAUGACGGAGGCGCCGCCUAUUAGCGCCUUGCGUGGAUUUAGCAACGACAAACAGCGUAGCUCAAACAGCUUGUUGAAGAGAUCGUUUGGCAAAGACGAAGAAGAGGGAGCGGUGCUGUUGAUGGGCUUAUCCUGUGGACUGGUUAAUGCUUAGGCUACUGUUUCUUUUCUUUUUUUAAUUAUAAUCUAGUUAGGGUGCCAUCUUCCACAAUUGGGAACCUGGAGCACCCAUUUUGUAUAAAUAAAUGAUGACUAGUUUAGUUUAUUCUCCGAUGUAAAUGGGCUUCAUUUACUUGUGAAUAGCUUGCCUGUACGGUCUUAUUUAGCGACACGCCCAUAUAGAUGGAUAGAUAAUCUCUUUGUUUGUUCGGCCGUCAUGAUAAAAGUUUGUCCUCGAACAAAUGUGUACCAUGUUGUUUUUCCCAAUAUGCGGAUUUGUUGGUUUGUUUUA